GCUAUGUCUGCCGCGAGGGGUGCUGGGAAUUGUAGGCACUUGUCGGCCGGAACAUGGCGGAUGGAGCCGGGAAACUGCAGGAGGAGGCGCUCAGGAGGAAGGAGCGGCUGAGAGUGUUGAGGGAGCGGCAGUUACAGAACCGAAACCAAGAUGAAGGGGAGCCAGAGAAUAAACAGCUUAGAGAGGAUGAGGAUAAGGAUGAUGAGGAGGUAAAACACAGAGAAUUAAAACUCCGUAACUAUGCCCCAGAAGAUAAAGAACUGAAAGAACGACAAGUGCCCAAAGCCAAGCCAGCCUCAGUGGAGGAUAAGGUGAAGGAUCAACUUGAAGCAGGGAAACCUGAACCAAUCAUUGAAGAAGUGGACUUGAUGAAUCUUGCACCCAGGAAGCCUGACUGGGAUCUGAAAAGAGAUGUAGCCAAGAAACUGGAAAAGUUGGAGAAGAGGACACAGAGAGCCAUAGCAGAACUAAUCCGGGAGAAACUAAAAGGCAAUGAAGAUGAUCUGGCAUCUGUAGUUGGAACUGUGAAGCCAGAAGAUUAUGACUCUGAGUGAUUCAGAUUCUCACAUGGACAAUGAGGUGGAGGAGGGCUAGACAUAAACCAGUCGACUUCUGGAAAUGUGAACACUGCCAUAGUAUCUGGAAACUUCUGUUCACCUUCGCCGUGGAAGGAAGUCCACUGAGUGGUCACAGCAAAGAGAAAGGCCAUUCAGCCCUUCUUCCAAGAAGAUCCAUAGUGAUUGUCCAGCUGUUUAAUCAUUGAUUCCAAAGUCUCUACCACCUUGCCUGGAAGUCGAUUCCAUAUGUUGAUAUGUGAAGAGCUUCCUGAUAUCAGUCCUAAAUUUUCUUUCCCAUUGUUACAGUUUACCUUGAUCUCACAGGAUUUAUUUUUUCUACCAUUUACUAUUUUCUAGAUCUUUACUAGAUCUCUCAUGGUUACUUCCUUUCCAGGUCAAAGAUCCAGAGUUUAUUCUUGUAACUCAGCCUCUCUGAGUUUCUAUGCACUGACUCCAGGGUGUGAAUGACUCCUUUGUCUUGUGCUGACCAGAGCUGGACAUAGUAGUCAGUGCAGUCUGUCUAUUGUUCUGUGUAGUUAUGCACAAACAGCUGUUUACUUUGGAAUGUUGAGUCUUUCUUUUACAUUUUGUCCUGAUUUCUCAAGUGGUGAAUUGCUUGAUGUUGGUUUUAAGGUGAGAACUUUACUAAGCUUAGCAUUGAGUCUUUCGGACACCUGCAACAUGAUUGACUUCCCCCUAAGAGAUCACUAAUGUCCCCUUAUUAUCACGGACUCUGCCUUCAGCUCACUUGGUCCUGCAAGAAAUCUAAUCAAAUUGGUGUGAAUUGAAAGAAUUGGGGAAAUGGGGGUUGUGAGGUUGUACAAGGACCAGAGCUUGCAUCAGGAUCUGAGAAGUGAAGCCUUCACCAUUAAAACCCAUUCCAAUCACAGAGUGGAAUUCAUGCCAGUGGCUGCAGAUGUAUAAUCUGAGCUAACUAAUAAACUUCUGUAACAUUUAAAAAUAAUGUAAACCUGCAAAAGAUUGGAUCUGAAACAAAAAACGUGGUCAUAUGCUGGGCAGUACCUGAAAGAGGAAAGGCAGGUGAAUAUUUCAGAUAAAGACCCUCCAUCAGAAAUGCUGGACAGUCUAUACCUGAACCACAGGCAGACCUGCUAUGUGUUCCUGCAAUUAUUUUUAACACUGAGAGUUUCUUGAGUUUCAACCCAGCAUGUUGUGUCUGUGUGCUGUAUCUUUUUCUGGAUAUCUGUGAAGAUUGUAAAUCUUUAUCAUGUGUGGGUAUCUGUAUUCCUCUGUGUGGGGGUGUGAGUGUCCAUCUGCUCCUCUCUGUAUGAGAGGUGCAUCCACAUCUCUGUUUGUCCAUGUAUACUGUUGACAAGUCAGAGUUUUGCUCAGCAGAUCUGCCCCUUUGUUUACUUAUACUUUCUGCUCUGUGAUCUUUAGACAUUUUUAUAUGAAAUGUUGUAUCAAUUUAUAAUAAAAACAAAGUAUAAUCCAAA